AUAAUUCAUCAUGACUCUUUUAUAGUACUAUGUUCGUUACGAAAAAAGUAGUUUAACAGAGUAGAAUAUUUUCCUGUGACGAUCAGAUACAUCAACUUUCUUCAUGUUCACAUUAUUAACAUUUACUAUCUCUAUGGUAUUUUUGUCAACUCAUCAGGUGGUCUACUAUUGCUACACAUCUUCCUGGAAGGACAGACAAUGAGAUAAAGAAUUUCUGGAAUACUCAUCUGAAGAAGAAGCUGAUUCAGAUGGGAUUUGAUCCCAUGACUCAUCGUCCUCGAACCGAUAUCUUUUCAAGUAUACCUCAUCUCAUAGCUCUGGCUAACCUUAAGGAACUCAUGGAACACAAUUCAUGGGAGAAACAAGCUGUUAGAUUGCAGAACGAAGCUGCUGCUCAAAUGGCUAAGUUUCAAUACUUGCAAUAUCUCCUUCAGCCUCCAUCAUCAAUGUCACCUGCAGCUUUCUCUAAUAACAAUAUUAUUAGCCCUUCAAAUGUCAGCAUCCCAAAUGAUUUUGAUGCUUUCAGUCUCCUAAACUCACUCUCAAAAGAUAGUACUCUUCCAUUGUUAAUGGAACCUUCUUCAAUCAAUAAUAUUCCAUCAUCUUUCAUGAAUACUUCCAAUAAUAACUCUACUACUACCAUUCAACCAUCAAUCCAUGAUUCCAUCCCUUUCUCUCAUUUGCCUGAUUUGGAGUCUUGUCUGAUCAGUAAGGAUAAUAUGGUUCGAACCUCGAACUUUUCAGCCCUUUGUAGUACUCAAGGUGAAAAUUCACCGACUUCGCCGUGGCGGCUUCCGACCUCCGAUGACUUAUCUCCGGCCACCUCCUCUCCUCCUCCGGCCAUUCCACCGGUCAAAAACACCGGCGGCAGUGACAAUUGCAGUUCGUCGAGUUAUGAAGGUGGUCCAUCAUCAUUAUCAUCCAUUUGGCCUGAACUCCUACUUGAUGAUCCUUUAUUUCAUGAGUUUGCUUAGUAAUUUAUAUAUACUUAAUACAUAUUUUUAUAAUUUGUGAGGUUUUAAUUAAACUCCUUCCUCCACCAUUUCUUUGCUUUGGUUUUCUUGAUAGUAUAUACUAUAUAGAAUUAUAUCCAUAGUUUACGUAUAAAGUAUACCAUUUAUGAUCUUAUACAUAUGACAUUACCCCCCAGCUAUCCGAUAGUUUGUGG